AUGAAGAAGCGGAAGGAGCUGAACGCGCUCAUUGGCUUGGCCGCCGACGGCCGCAGGAAGAAGCCCGCCAAGAAGGGCUCCGGCCACCGGCUGCUGCGGACCGAGCCGCCCGCCUCCGACUCUGAGUCCAGCUCUGAGGAAGACGAGUUCGCUGGGGCGCGGACCCGCUGCGGCAAGGGAGAUUAUCUACGAUGCUGCAAAUUCUGUUACCCCUUAUGUGCAUUUGUCAUUCUGGCUGCCUGUGUGGUGGCAUGUGUUGGCUUAGUCUGGAUGCAGGUGGCUCUCAAGGAGGAUCUCGAUGCAAUAAAGGAAAAGUUUCGAACUAUGGAAUCUAAUCAAAAGACAUCAUUCCAAGAAAUUCCUAAACUGAAUGAAGAUUUGGUGCAGAAGCAAAAGCAACUAGAACAAAUUGAGACUGGAGAACUGGGGCUAAGUAAAAUUUGGAUAAAUAUCACAGAGAUCAAUAAACAGAUAUCGCUAUUGACCUCAACAGUAAAUCAUCUCAAAAACAACAUAAAGUCUGCUUCUGAUCUGAUUUCUCUUCCUCUUACAGUAGAGAAGCUUCAGAAGACUGUAGCAAACAUAGGUAGCACGCUUACCAGUGUUUCUCAUGAUGUUGAAAAUAUACAGACAGCUAUUGAAGAAUACAAGAAAUCCAUACAAAUACUCCAGAAUGAUGUGAAGGAAUUAAAACAGAUACCUUCACUUCCCUCCACUGUUGUGCCAAGAACUGAGACAAACCAGACAGAAAAUUGCAAAAAGGACAACCAGUCAUUGCAUGCAACUUUGGAAGAGCUAAAUAAUACUGUAGUGGGGUACCAAAAGUUGAAUGACAUCAAGCUUCUAAAUGUGGAUUCAGCCAUUGGUAACCUUAGCCGGCGGGUUACACAGUUAGAAAAUUCUCCCCUUGCUGGGAAUUAUCUGGAUAAAAGAGAAAAUUUGUCUACCAGUGUGGGGAAUGAUGUAACUACCUCUGUAAAAGCAGGAAAUGAAGAUCAACUGGAUAAUGAAACUAAUCCAAAUGAAGAACUGACGGAAAUAGAAACUAGAGAUUCUCAGGUAUCAAAACUAAGAGAAAAGCUUCAGAUGAUCAGUGCUCUCUCAGGCAAGCCAGUGAAUGACAGACCCACUGAGACAUCAAAGAAUGUAGAAAGUAGUCUGAGCACUACAGCAAAGCCCACAGACCUUUUAAGAUUGACAUCAAGGUCAGCUGAUGACAACAUAGAGAGUAACAGACAGCAGAGACAUCUGUCCUUACCAGGAAUUUCCAGCAUCGAAGAUCUUCAGAAUUUGUUUGAAAAAGCAGCUGAAGAUGCUGAUGGAAAACUAUCAUAUGAGGAUCUUCAAAAGCUGCUUGGCUCUACAGCCCCAGAAUCACAGAGCUUUAAGAAAUUUGACACAGAUGGAGAUGAGAAAUACUCACUGCAAGAACUGAGAUUAGCUUUAGGUGUCUAAGAUACCUAUCUAGGAAUGUGAUAUUGAUGGAUGUUACUAUAGCUAAAGGAAACUAUGGGACAUGAAAAACUAAGUCUGCACUUUCCCAAUGUUUUACUGAUCUUUGGAGCUAAAUUGCUGUGCACAGGGCCACCUCUGUUUUUUCAUUUGCAUUUAGUGAAGAGAAAUUUACAAAUUUAUGUCACUAGGACAUAAUAUUGGGACUGUGAAAAUCCAGAAAAUUCCCAAACUUGGAAACGUUCUCCUCUCAUUCUUUCCUUUUCAGAGGAGUUCUUGUUUUUAAUUUAAAAUGUGUACAUACUAAAAUAAAACUAUGAUUUUUAUAUUUCACUGAAAUUUGCCUUAAAUUAGAGAGCUGCACUUUACGUACAGCAGAAGGAAAUCUGUCUUGUAAAGACAGGCUGCUUCUGCUUGUAAAUAUUUGAGAUACAGUAAAUUAUGCAUAUUUAAGGGGAAGAUUGUGUCAGGAGCUGUGUUGGUACUAAGCUGUUGCCAAUGAGAGGCUGAGCCUAAAGUGGGUGGUUAAGAGGUUCAGCUAAAUUUCUGAUUUUCACUAAGUAUACCCAGAAAUUAAUUCAGAAUCAGUCAGAGGAAAGCAAGAGUGGUAAAUCAUGGCCAUCUAUAGCAGGAUUUAUUUUUAGAGGGAAGAGCUGAAAAGUGUUUUUAUGUCAUGAGCCUUCAGGAGCAAUUAUCUACCAGGUGCUUGGGUUUUCACUUCAGCAUUCUUUUAGCUUUGCUAUAUUGCAUCCAGAUUGCAUUUUGUGAGAUGAGCCUCUGUUUUUAAAAGAAAAAAAUAUAAAAUUAAGUAUUGAAUAACUUUAACAGGUGCUUUAAAUGUAAAAGUCUGCAAUGCAGCCUGCUGAGCAGCACCUGAUUGUUUUUUUGCCUUGGAUACACUCAGUGGUGUACUGAUGGCGUCACUGACUAGUCACUGGAGAUCUUUUGAACAGAGCAGCUGAUGCUGCCAGUUUCUUUCAUCCAUGGUUGUUUGGGUCACUCUGAAGUGUUCUGAGUAAAGCUCCUGGUCUGUAGGAGUGUGAGUGGACAGGGAAGGCCCAGAGUAGACCUGUGGGCUAUUUUCUGACUAAUGGAGUAUCACCCCUUGGUACUUGUAGCUUUAUUCUCACCCACAGAGGGGUAUGAAAAGCAGGAUAGGAGUGUGCAGUCACAUUUGUCAUUUUCUAUUGACACAUGUGCUCUGUAAGUGAGACUUCCUUACCAGAGAGGCUUUCAUUAUUCUGGUGGAUCUAAACAUUGAGUGUGUUUGUAACUUUCUGGAACACAGACAGUGAGUUUAUCAAAAGGAAAUUCACUUGCAGGCUAGAUCAGAGCCAAGUUGGAUGAUUUUUCUCACAAAUACCACUGUUGUUGUUGGGAGUUUUUUGUAUGAUCAGUGAAAAGUUGCCCACCUUGAUGAAACAUCAGUUUAUGUGGAACUUGGUUCAGAAUUGUUGACUUCUGUAUCACUUUAGACUGGAUGUGAGUAUUCUUGAAGUAUGAAUCAGUGAAGAAAUGUACAAAAUAGAACCCAUUGCCUAGGCUUCUUUCACUGUUGCUCUUCUGUCCUGUUUGGGUAAUGCAGCCAUAACCCAACAUGAAAUUGCUUUUGAUGUGACGUUUGAAAACGUAGAACUUAAAAACAAAACCAAACCAACCAACCUUGGCUUUCGAGAGGACAAGAAGCCAACAUCUGCUUCUUGCCACUUCCCACACCCUUUUAUACACUACUGUAUAAUUCCUUAACCAAAUAAAAAAAAAAAAAGAAAAAAAGAGAGCAAUAAAAUGUAACCAUUCUGGUAUUUUAUUUGUACAUACUGUAUCAUAGCUAUAUGCCAGAGUUUCCAAAAUAUUUUUGGAAGUUUAAUUUGUAUGGAAUUUAUCUGACCUUAAAAUUCAAGGGAUGAUUGUAUUGCCAGGUCACUCGGUUAGUGUUUUGUUUUGUUUUAGUCUGCUUUAUUUUCAGAGCGCUCUUCCACAGCAGUAGCAAAACUGUCAGCUAGAAACAGCGUGUACUGCUCCAGCCACCUCUGCCUGUAGCCAGGGAGCCAAGCUGGUCAGGAAUUGGCACUGGGGCAUGGCUGGCCAUUGGUGCUGCUUAAUUUGCAUGUCCAGAGCAUAGUUGACUGGUAAUUGCUGUAGCAACUGCUGUCGUAGGAUGGGCUUGUGCUGUCAAGUUAACAAAACUAAAUCAUCCCUGAGCCCAGCAGUUGCUGUUUGGCCAAGGGUAGCUGAUAGUGGUGUGUGCCUGCUCUGCUCCUGGUCUCCAUCCACAUGCUUUCGAAAGCCCUCAGGCUGGUUUUAGGUUUUAAUGUAGCAAAGACACCUGCCUGGGCCAGCUCUCUGCUGCAGCUCACACCUGCAGAGUGUGGGUUGCCAGAAGGGUGGUUGGAGGCCGACCUGAGGAGGCUGUGUUACAUCGUCUUGUGCCUCUUGGGGUGGUGAGUCUUCGGAGAAACAUGUCUGAAUUCAGCACACCGUGAAACAGAGUGCCCAGUCUGUUGUGCUGUGAUUCUGGGUUUGCUUUCAGCCUGUGUUUGUGGGUUUUUGGGUGAUCUCUGGGGGGGACCAGUGUGUGUCUCUCUUCGGUUACUGACCCUUCCAGAGAGCAGAGCCGCACCGUGCUGGUCGUGCAUUGUGCUUCGCUGCUCCGCCGGGUUUCAGCUACGGCACUCCACGCUUUUCACCGUGUAACGCGACACCGAUCUCAAUAAAAGUUCACU